AUGCCUGUAUUCAAGGUAAAUGUGUUCAUACCGUUACCAAUACUUCCGGUCUCCGGUGUCAUGAACGUAGCAGACCGUGCAAUCAACCAUGUAUCACUUAGUGUGUACAUAUACUGCUCUACGUACGCAAGAACUUCAAUUAAAAUGUAUCACUAACAAUUCUAAUUUCGUUGAAAACAAUACAUCGAUACAAUAAGAAAAUUUCAAAAGUUUCAGAUAUACGUAGAAACUACUACUUAGCUGCAAGUUGCAAAAUUAUGAAAAUUAAAGUUUUUAGGAGGAAGAAAAAAUUAUUUACAAAAUUUGUUACUAUUGCCAAAUGUAUUGCUAAAAAGAAGGGAUAUGGAAAUUCAAAUUAAAACAUUCACUUGAAGAAAGUAAAAUUAAUUUUACUUUUAAUUACUUUUCGAUUUUACGAUUUAUAAAUCACAAACUGCAAAAAAUUUUGAAGCUACUUCUUCUAAUUAAGGUUAUUUAAAAUUAUCAUAUAUUGGUUAUCAUACCAUUAAGGUUAUCAUAUCAAGAUAAAAGAUUAUUAGUAACUGUACGGUAAAUGUACGAAUUAUCAAAUUAGUAAAAAUACAAUUAUUUAAAUGCAUUACAAAACUUCCUCUUUUUCAAAAGAUUUAUUUUUAAAGAAUUGUAUUUUUAGAAAAUUUCGUAUGUGAUGUUUCUUUAUUUUUUAAAAGCUCAAUCUGCGAACAAUAUAUUUUUUUUAUUUUGCAAGCAGAAUGUAUCACAAAUAUAUAUAUCAUAUAUAAUAGAAAUAUCAUUUUUACCACUGUCAAUUCACUCACAUUGCAAUAAACCUACUAGCACAUAUAUAGAACAGUCCUCAGCGAAAGAACAAAAUUUCUCAAUUUUCUUCACGUACAACGUUUUCUACAAGAACUCUUCAAUUUUGCUUAUUGCUAAGAAAAUAAAGUAUCGAUAUUAGUUUAUCGAUGAACACAUCCCUCGACUCAGAGAAACAAACAAUUAUUCGUUUCAGUUUCGUCCAGGAGUUCGCCUCGCCGCCAGCUGAUGGAAUCACCUUACUGUUAGAAACGCUUCGCGGUGUUCAGUUGGCCCAAAGUUCGCCACCCUCUUCCGGUCACACAGGUCCGAGAGUUGGUACCAGAAGAGCUGCACUGGACGAAUUGGGCUGCGUCGAAUGUUUGGCCGCCUGCACCGAACGAUGCACCGACGCAUCGAGGCUCCUGGUGCAAGCUCAGCCCGGUCUUCUUGCUCUGGCAGUUUGUCUGACUAGUAGCUUGAACCGGUCCCGAGUCCUGGCUCUCCAGUUGCUGACGAAGGUUUGCCAGACGCCAGGUGGCCACGCGGUAGUCUCAGAAGCUGUGUCCACCCUCAGGCUGAAAUACGGCGAAGGCGGAAGAUUCCGUUUUCUGGCUGGGGCUCUGCUGGCCCCCAGAGCAGCGAUCGCGCUCCGAGUCGCCGGAGUUUCCUUCCUGAACGCCUUCCUCAAAUCUGCGCCGCGAACGCAAACCAGAUUGUACAUUCAGGCCGAAGCCUGCGAAGCUGGACUAGAGCCGCAGGUGCUUCAAGAAUGGCUGAAAGAAUUGGACGGGAGGGAGGAGGACGCUUUGCACGAUCUGCUACAUAAGGAGGUUCAGAAAUGGUCACACAACUGCGUGGACGUAGACGUCCUACAGCGACGAGUCGUACGUGCCGAGGAAACUUGCAGGAUCCUCAGCAAAAAGGUUUCGGCUCUGCAGAUGCAGCUUCAGCAAAUGCAGCUGGAGAAGUUGAACAAUUACAACCUCGAGGACCGUGAGAAGAUGACCGUGCUCGGUACGAAACAGUCGCCGAAAAUGUCGUCGAACGCCGAGGACGAGGGUAUCAGCUCGUCGGAGAGGUCGAGCAGCCCGGAGAACACGAAGCACCAGCCGCGAACGAAUCGUCAGAAAGCGAACGUUGUCUCGCCAGCGGACAACGAUCAAGAAACGACGAUCGACGACGUGAUCGAGGAACUGAGGAUCAUCGUGAAGGACGCCGAGGAGGAGAUCGGGGAGGAGGACAAUAGCCACGAACAGAAUCGAAUAGACCGUGCGGACCAGGACUUCUAUAACUCCGAGGACUCCGCCAAGAUCAAGUUGCACAGAACAGGCUCGAAGAUUUCGUUGGAUAAUUCCGAGGCGUACGUUUACGACAAGGUCUUGAAGAGAGAUCGUCAGACGGACACGAAGAUUUCGAAAUCCAACACGGGCUCCAACGUGUCGCAGAGCGUGAUCAAGGGCGAACAGGUGACCUACUUUGGCAACGAUCGAGAUUACAGCACGGAUUCUAGCGGUGGCAGGAGAUUGAAUGACGAAGCGCGUAGAGUCUCGAAGUCUUCCGUUGAAGGAAGCGUGAAGAUUGUGGUGAAGGGGCCAGACGUCGAGGAAGCGAUCGUCCCGACUAUUCUACAUCCUCAACCGCCUAGGAAAUCGCCGCCUUGCUUAUCGGCUAUCAUGGCAGUGAGGCACUGUGACUUCAUCGACCAGGAAGAGGCGUUCAAUUCUCACGAUGAGGAUAUCGAGGACGAGACUCUCGGCGAUGGCAGUGAUUCCCUUCUCAGUGCCUCUCGACUGAAGUACAACGGGAAGAGUCAAACGUUCGAGGGCCAGAUGAAAAACACCGAGGUCGAUCAUUUCCAGAAGCAGUUCGGCAGGAAGGAAACAGAAAGCGGCAACGAUCGUAAGUUGAAGAAGAGCUUCGACGACCUUCGACGUUUCAGCGGAAGCGAAACGAAGGACAAGAAAACGAUCAGGAACUACGAGACGUCGUGCAACGCGAAGAACAGGACGACGAACGAGGCCAAGUCGAACAAUAGGCACGACGGUCAAAAACACAGUUCGAAGUACAGAAGCGAAGUGGAGAAACGGAAGCUCCUUCGUAGGUCCGCGAGUCACGAUUACUUGGACUCGAGUGCCUCGAGUCCACGAUUGAAAAGAGCCGGUAAAAGCCGGGUGGAGAGUCACAUCAGAAAGUUCGAAAGCUUGAACUCUUUCGACGAGCAUCGAAGCCUUCAGAGUUACGGGAGACCCGGUAGCUCGGAGAAUCUGACGAAGCAGGAGCAAUUUUUCAGCGAAGAAAGCUCGAGAAGUAGAAUGCGCAGGUCCGAGUCGUUUCAUCACGUCUCUCACGUCGCCAAGAAGGAUCAGUGCUCGUCUCAAGGAGGAAGCGACAGCGGGUUGUUCUAUAUAACGGACUUCAAUCUCGAGCCUCUAGUAACGCGAAGACCAAGAUCCAUCGAAGCCCCGAAAUCGCCCAAUCUACUGACUAAAUCUUUGGACAGAAUCGACGAAGGAUUGGACUCGAUGAUCGAUAUUGUAAUCACGGAGGAAAAAAGUCAGUGGAGUUCCAGUAAGUACCAGAAGACGAAGAAAUCUCGAGAAGAAAGAACGCUUAUCAGAUCGAAGUCCAGCAGAUUGGAAGAUUCGAAAAGUUGCUUCGAACUGGGUUCCAAAGCGAGGGAAGAAAAGACGAAGAGCAAGCACUUGAAGAGCGACGAAUUUUACUCUGGACAUGUGAGCAACAAGCAGCUGAGAAGCGACGAGUUGUACGAGGAACAGAGAAACCGAGAAUGGAACGAGAUUAACUGUUCCAGGAAAAAUGAAUUAGAUCUCGAUUGUACGCAAUUGAUACUGAUGAAAAAUGGUGCGAGACACAAUUCGUUUUGUCAAAAUGAGAAUAUCGGCAACAGGUUCUUGAAUAAAUCGAUGGAUUCCGGGAUCUUCGCUGGGCGAACUUAUGACACGUUCGGAUUGGGGAAAAGUCGAUUUAACGCUGGGAAAUACUCGGGAAAUCAACAAAUGAAAGAAAGUCCAAUUGGAAGAAGAAACACGACCUCCUCUGCAGGAGGAAAUCGUGGGAAGGUUACUGACGUUGUUUCAGGGCUUUAUUAA